AUGAACAGUGCGCCGCCACCUUCGUCUUUUGACAACGAUGCAAUCGUCGAAGAACCUCUUAUCCCGCUUGGUUGCGGUCUGACCGUCUGGGCCCUGUACGAAGCCACAAAGUCAAUGAAGUCUGGAGACCACGCAAAGACAAACCGCAUGUUCCGACGUCGUAUCUAUGCCCAAGGCUUCACUCUGCUCGCCAUGGUCGCCGGUUCCGCCUACUGGGAGAAGGAUCGCAAGAAGCGCACCGAGUACAAUGACCUGCUCGAGGAAAAGAAGAAGAAGGACAAGCGCGAUGCUUGGAUCAGGGAGCUCGAGGCCAGAGACGACGAAGAGAAGGAAAUUGCUGCCAUGAAGAAGCGUUUGGCCGAGGCCAGAAGGGCCGAGAGAAAGCGUCUGUCCGAAGGAGACGCCAGAGCGGUGGAGUCCAACAUCCAGUCUGAUACUACAGGUAUCGUCCGUAGCGUCUUGGAGCCUGGCGAGAGCAGAUGUGACUCUCCUCUCCUGAAUGCUGCCAUGAAGCUGUGGCAGUCCAGGUCAUGA